AUGUUCAAGGGGCUAGGUCUUAGUUAUACAGUUUUGCUGUUAACUUUCUCCAGUGUGGCAGCCUCAGGGUAUUGGGCCUUUGGCAAUGUGGCACUAACAGUUUCUUACUUGAUAACUUCGACGAUAAAAAUGGCAAUGUUUUGGUGCAUAAAUGGUUUUGGUUUCUUAUCACCACAAUCAGCUUCAUUAUCCUCAGGUGUAUACUUGCACCAGCUAUACUCUGGAGCGGAUGUUUGUUUAUCCAGUGUAAACCUGUUUUCACCGCAAUGUGACAUUAAGAAUAAUCUCAAGGUCCAUUUCUGUGAUUGCAGCCACUACCAUAGCCAGGUUGCUUCCAUUUUUUGGCCAUGUCAAUGCACUGAUGGAGCAUCUGGCUUGGUGCCCCUCGACUUUAUCCUGCCUGUCAUUUUCUUCAACUUAACCUUUGAACCAUCCAAGCGAUGUUGCAUGUUUUUGGUCAUUGGAUCUGUCUUCUCAUUGAUUAUGGUAAUUGGAGUCUUUGCAGCAACCAGGCAGAUAGUUCUUAAUUCUAAUGCUGUUCAUUCCUUCGAUCAUCCUUCUGAUUCAUUGAGGCUGCCUUUAGUCGCAAACAGUGUACAUGGAAAUCAAUAUCAAGUUAUUAGGCUAAAAAAACAUAAUCCUUUCUUCAAUAUGCCAAUUCCAUGA